GCUGUUGCCCAAUCACUCCCUUGCUAUCCCCUCUUCAGUCUAUCAUGAAUGCUGCUGCCAGACUCAUCCACCUUACUAACCGUUCCAUAUCUGCCAUCCCUCUCUGCCAAUCCCUCCACUGUCCUCCACUCAGUGUCCUCCACCCCUCUCUGCCAAUCCCUCCACUCAGUGUCCUCCACCCCUCUCUGCCAAUCCCUCCACUGACCUCCACUCAGUAUCCUCCACCCCUCUCUGCCAAUCCCUCCACUCAGUGUCCUCCACCCCUCUCUGCCAAUCCCUCCACUGGCCUCCACUCAGUAUCCUCCACCCCUCUCUGCCAAUCCCUCCACUGACCUCCACUCA